AUGGAGAUGAUUAAGAAGAAUGAGACUUGGAAGCUAGUUGACAGACCAAGUGAAAAACCAGUGAUUGGUGUUAAAUGGGUUUAUAAAACCAAGUUGAUCCUUGAUGGCUCAAUAAAGAAGCAUAAAGCUAGGUUGGUAGUCAAAGGCUAUGCACAAAAGCAUGGGAUUGACUUCAAUAAGACUGUUGCUCCUGUGGCCAGACUAGACACCAUUAGAACACUCAUAGCUUUGGAAGCUCAAAAUGGGCUCCAAGGGCCUGAUAUGAGGAAAUUAAUGCAUAUCUCAUUAGCUACGGAUAUGUCAGAAGUACAAGAAGCAGUGGAGAAUUAA